CGCGCCAUUCACCGAGUAGGAUGCGCGCGCGUCGUGACCUCGUUGCGCUUUCGGAUUUCAAAGUUUCAAGUGACACAGUGCUGUGAUAGUGUCGCGAAGUGUCCCCAACACUAGUCACAACACAAAUCGACGAGUGUGUGAAUGAAGUGAUGUGAUGUAAAGUGACAUGUGAAAAUCGUGCAAUACUGGUGAACUGUGUUUGCAUUUUCAUGAUGUCCAGAUAUAUGAAGUCGACUUAUGAAUACACUAAACUACGGAGAAACUUCGGCAGACAACCAUUAUUACAGGACGUGUCCGCACAAAUGUUGGAUUCAAUAAAUCCGGACAAGAACGAACAAAAGUUGUACACGUUGCGGAAUCCAGUACAUCGUCAUAUUCAAGCCACUUUACCUCAAUCAGAAAACGAUUCGAAUACAAAACAAGUGGUGACUCGUGAGCUCGGCAUAAAUCACGAAGAAGGUGGUUGGCCGCGUGAAGUUCAUGUCUUUAACGAGGAGCAUGUAGCUCGACAUCGACGCCGAGUAAUGCACGAAGACAACUACGUUCACGCAGUACUGAAUUUGACGCCUGUUAUUACACACUAUAUUGAUCAAAAUAACGCAAUCGAUAUGUACCAAACAUAUUUUUCCGGUAUGAAUGCCCAAGAGCCCAUUGAAAAAUACAAAGUUCGUAUUGUUAACGUAUUCAGGGACCCGUUUCAGCGACCUAUUUCAUGUAUUGCUUGGACCAAUGAGAAAAAAUCAAUGAUAGCAGUUUCAUACUGUAAACGAAAUUACGAUUACAGCGAAAGAGGCUCUCUAUCAUUGGAAAAUAAUGCAUGUUACUUAUGGGAUGUUUCUGUGCAAAAUGCUCCAGCUCAUAAAUUUUGCCCUAAUAGUGCUUGUUGGCAACUAGCGUGCUCACCUAAAGAUCCUGAAAUUAUUUUAGGAGGACUACAAAAUGGGACAGUUUGCGUUUUUGACAUACGAGCAAGCAAAAAAGCCAUCGAUUAUAGUUCAAUAUACAAAUCUCAUCGCGAACCUGUGACAGCCCUGCUAUAUAUUCACUCGAGAACGCAAACAGAUUUUUUCAGUGGAUCACCAGAUGGACAGUGCUUAUGGUGGGAUCUUCGAAAUCUUACCGAGCCCCUGUGUCAAUUACCGAUGUCUAUUAGGAUACCAGCAGGACAGCAACCAGAUCUGACUAAUGCUGAAGGAGUCAGUGCUUUAGAAUUCGAUCAUGGUUUACCUACCAAAUUUCUUUGUGGCACUGUUUCAGGGUUAGUUAUCAACGUCAAUCGUAUGGGAAGAGAGCAUUCGGAAAUGUUGACCUCAUACUGGAAUGCACACUUGGGUCCUGUUCGUGCUGUACAGCGAAGUCCCUGUACAAUGAGAAUGUUUUUAACUUGCGGAGAUUACACUGUACGCAUAUGGAGUGAAGAAAUGCGUACACAACCAAUAAUAGUAACAACACCCUAUAAACAUCAAGUAACUGAUGCAUCAUGGGCUCCGAUCAGAUACUCUUGCUAUAUGUCAGUAUGUGCAGGUGGGUAUUUUUAUUACUGGGAUUUAUUAAGGAAAUCACAAGAACCGGUAGCGAUUCUUCAGGUGUCUAAGAAGGAAAUAACAAAGCUAGCCCCUCAUGCGAAAGGCCGAUUUGUGGCUAUAGGGGAUGUCAGUGGUUCUGUAGUAUUAAUUCAACUGUCAGAAAACAUGGUAAUACCUGGGAGUCGUGACAAGCAACUCGUCUACCAGCUUUACGAGCGAGAGAGUAGACGGGAGCACAUCGUAGACAGUCGUCAAAGGGAGAUACACUUGAAACAGAAAACUGAAGAAGAAGCAGCAGCAAAAGAAGUAUUCGAAGAGAUCCCUGAUGAGGACGAGCCUCUCCAGCAAACUGAAGAUGAAUACUUUCAAAUAGUCACACGAGAAAUGCAAAAAAUGGAAAUUAUUCCAUCAGAUAGCAUUGUUCCUUGAACAUACUUUUAGAGAAUUCUAAUGUUGUUUGGUAUAGUAACAAAGGACCAUGAUAUUUCCAUCGACGCUAUGACCUAGGACAAAGUGAAAGGCAAAACAUUAUGAUAUACAUAUCUCAGAUUACUGCAUAUAAAGACUAUUCAGCACUCUGUAGGAUCUAGAUUACUUUUUAAACAGAGUGGAUAUGUUAACGAGCAUUUUAUUGGAAACAUCAUAGAUUAUGUCAAUUUUUAUUUUUAGCUCUUUGUAUUAAUAAUCCCUAACAAAUAUAACGAUGGUUUUCUUAUCCUUUGUAGACAAAAUUCAAUAAGAAAUAAACUUAUGACAAACUUGAAAACCAACCCCCUCAUAUAAAGUGUGGUAAUGUGGUACCUUGAUGACGGAAUUAUCGCUGGCGAUAGUUCUGGCUGGUAUGUCAUUAUCGAUAAAUUCAAAGUAUUAUAGUCUUGAAUAAAAUGCGAGCUAAAUAUUCCAGGAUUCAAAUUUUCAUCUGAACAGUUACAACAUAAUAACCCUCUAAAGUUGCUGUGCCCUUGCAGGGCGUCACUUGGUUCCAGUAUUUUUAUGUACCACCUUAUUUCUGUGAAUGUGAUAUGCAAUGAAUAAAUAAAUAAAUGAACAUAUUG